AUGGCGGCCUCCUCUCCAAGACGCGUGCCCAUAACACCAACCUCUACGGCCCAACCAGGAGCACCAUCGAAAGGCCGCACAAGCAAACCGAGCGCGAAGGUACUGGAAGCCCGGCAGUCGCUAAGGCCACGAACCGCCACACGACGAUCAGCGCAGACCGAAGAGCACACCAUCGAUGUGCAAGCUACUCAGCAAACCGCCCGUCCAACCACCCAGCCAGCCGCACCGCAGGCACCACAGCAUGAACUGUCCCCAUCCUCAACGGCAGCAAGGCCUGGUCUUCCUGAACGCGAAGGAGGAGAUGAUUGUUCUAACGAAUUGGGCCGGCUCAUUGCUAGUCUCACCCAGACGAUAGCACAGCAGAGCCGUAUCAUCACCAGUCAGAGCAGCAUCGUUGAGAGUGUCCGGAAUGAUCUCGCGGACAUCAAGUCGGAACAACAGCGCUUUCAAAAUCACGGAGGAGCGGAAGGGCCAAGGACGACUUCCUCGCGCACGACAAGCGGUGGCAAUGCGAACCAGGAACAUCGCCAAUUAGUGAUUGAUGUCAGCCGGGUGGAGGAACAGACGGCAGAGAAGGUGACCACGACGGAUGCAGCCAAACAAAUCAUCGAGCAAGGCAUGCGAAAUGCUGAGAGGCUCACUAGAGCUAUAAUCAAGAACUUCCGCGUAUAA